AUGGAUGGAACUGUUACAUUACUCAUCUUCUUAGUCAUCACCCAAGCAAUAUACCAGGCAAAGACGCAGAGGCACCAAAAGGUUGACCCUGAGUUCCGGAGAUACAUGCUGGAAUGGCACAACUACUAUAGAGGGCAACGCGGGACGUCACAUCUCCGAUAUAAUUACAACUUAGAAGGAUGGGCACAGCAGUGGGCGGAAAGGCUUGCCCAAUAUGAUGUUAUUGAACAUCGACCACCUCAACCGGACCCUUACAAUAGAAUGGGCGAAAAUAUCUACUGGAUGACACUGACUAACCCCAAUUUUAUACCGUCAGAAAAAGAAGUUACUUCGCUCUGGUACAAGGAAAUAUAUCACUAUAAUUAUAACGACCCACGGUACAACUCAAAAACAUCCCAUUUCACACAGAUGGUGUGGAAAGCAACAAUAUAUCUUGGAUGUGGUUAUGCCCGCUCACUUUAUACAAGGACGACGUAUGUUGUCUGCAACUAUUGGCCUCAAGGAAAUAUCCCCGGAGAAUUUGCUAACAAUGUUCGUUAA